GGGCAGCUACCCAUGCAUUACAGAGAAAGAGGAAAUAACUUGGGGCAUCUCAUGUCUUUCAAUGAUGAAGAUGCUAUGAUUAACACUGUAAAGACUGCCUCAGGUGGUAGUGGCAAAGGUGUCAAGAUUCUGAUCAUUGGUGCUCAGGGAUGAUAUUCUCAUGUGGAAUAUGGCAGAAACUGCAAAGGGUGGCCCCUUCUCUGAGAUUCUUCAUGUCAACAUCUUCAUCAAUUACAUCUCUCUGAAUUCCAAGAGGCUCUCUGUUCUUGACAUGUGAACAGCUCAUUCUCCACAGGAAUAGGAUUACAGCUGUUGACAGUUGUUGAUGUCAGCUGUGAUACUAUGAACUCUUUCAACCUGAUUCCCAUAUAUAUAAUCAACACAACAUUCUUUUCACUCAUAGUAUCUUUAAUAUUUCCAGAACUGAAAAUCUGCCACUUUCAGUGGUUAUCUAUUGAUUACCUCCCUUCCUUGCUUCCAUGUGAAUUCUUGGAGCAGUUCAGCUUGGCCCCUUUUCUCUCCUUGCUCCAGCUUCCUGACCAGGAGAAUACACAAGUAUGGACUGAAGCCAAGGCACUUUUUGACAAGAAUUAUCUGAUGGCAUCAGAGAGGCUAAGCUGUAGAUACUUGAGGCAAUUUUAGUAGCCUUUGGGCAAUAACAU